GAGACAUGGAGCCGGAGAGAGAUCUCUGUACGGGUCAGUCAGGCUGCUCCCUCGCUGCCCUCUUGUUUGGAUAACUCUCUCAUUUGUCCAUCUCAAGUGCUACAAGGUGUGAACACUGUGUCACUGUGGCAUGACGUGACUGACACUGACCAUCAUUCCUCUGCCUCUCUCUCUCUCUGUCCUGAACCCCUAGUGUUUGUUGGCACGACCGCUGACUUUAUAAGGAGGAGUUUAUAUUUUUGUGAACUCCUGGCAAUGAAGGUCCUUGUACACGUCUAACCAUGUACCGUGAUCCCCUCCCUGUUUUAUCCUCCUCCUUCUUCUCACUGCUGACAAAGAGAGAAUUUAAAGGGCAGCUGGAGGAGCUUUAUCCGUGGAAGGAGUAGACCUGAAUGAACUGAACUCACUCCUCACGUUUAUGCCUGAGACUGAUGUUUCAUCCUCACAGCAUCAACCAGUGGAUUCUUCAUCUGCAUCAAGUGAAAAGAGAACCAAUGAAGCACAAGGAACAAGCCAAGUAAGCGACACUGCCACAAACACACAGUCGGUUAUGGGACGGGCUGAGGCUGUGUGGGUGGAGCUCAACGCUGUGUUGGAGAGAUGGGGCGGAGCAGCAGGGAAACUAAAUGCAAUCUUGAGUCAACUCAAAGAAGAGAAAAACCGCCUCUUGGACCAAGGGGAAGAGCAAAAAGCAAAGAAAAAGGAAGAGGAUGAGGAUGAAGAAGAAGAGGAUGAUGAUGAGGAGGAAGAAGAAGAAGAAGAAGAGGAGGAGGAAGAAGAAGAAGAAGGAGAGGAGGAGGAGGGAAAGGAAGAAGAGACAGCUGAAGAGGAGGAGAAUGAUGCAUCUAACAGCACCUCGACCCAAGACUCAUUACCAGAAGGCUGCCAAGUGGGAGAAAGUCGAGUAUCCUGCAAGCAGAUUGGCUUGUCCCACCUGCCAAACAUCACAAACCAGGAAGUCACCAUCCUUGAACUGCCUGGCAAUAACUUAACAAGAAUUCCUCCCAGUGGUUUUUCUGGACUGCCAGAUCUUGAAGAGCUUGACCUAAGUUUGAACAAGCUGGACGACUCCUCUUUCGGCCUAAGUCUCUUCAUGAAUCUGACAAAGCUGAAGAUCCUGAAACUUGACAGCAAUGAACUUACAUCAGUUCCACAGUUGCCAUCUUCUUUGGAGGAUCUGAAGAUAAACAACAAUAAAAUAAACCAACUGGCUUCACAAAGCUUCAAAGGCUUGACUAACCUAAAAGUCCUAGAACUGACAGGAAACAUUCUCUAUGAGAGCAGCAUUGCGCCCUGGGCUUUCAAACCUCUGAAGGCACUCAAGUUUUUACGAUUGGAUAAAAACAGAUUCAGUGGUAUCCCAGCGGGCUUGCCCCCAUCUAUAGAGGACCUGAGGUUGCAGGACAAUCAAAUAGUGGAGGUGCAGGACAGGCUUUUGGAUAAGUGUGUCCACCUGAAGGUGUUAGAUCUCAGUCACAACCUCCUAAAGGAGAACAGCAUGUACCCUGAGGCCUGGAUCAACCUGCGGACGCUGGAAACCCUUGACCUGUCCCAUAACCAGAUGGCAGUGGUGCCCUCAGAUCUGCCCAGGGCCUUGCGCCAACUUUCCCUGCAGCACAAUCACAUUCACUCCAUUCCUCCAUACUCACUGAGUCACCUCCGCCCAGGCUUACUGUCCCUACACCUCUCCCACAACCUGUUAGAAGAGCACGGUGUGCUAGGGAAGUCAUUCCGUGGUGUUUAUCAAACACUCGAGGAGUUACACUUGGACAACAACAGGUUUCAAAGGGUGCCACACAAUAUGCGCCACUUCAAGAACCUCAAGCUACUGCGGCUAGACCACAACCGUAUAAGCUCUGUCCCAGUGAAAUCAAUCUGUAAGGUCAAACGGACUGAGGAUUCUCUCCUGUCAACCGUGCAUUUAGAGUACAACUACAUCAAUGUGAAGAAAAUCCCUCGUGCUGCUUUCUCCUGCAUUCAGGAUUCCAGCAAGAUCGUACUAGAGCCCCAGAACCAAUCACAGGGCUAGGAAACUGCUACAGAAACAUCACCCUGUCACUUCAAGCCUCCCCUCUGCUUCUCCUGUCAGUCACUUGAAGAUUGAAUACUGUAAAGACCAUGUCCAUUAGAUAUAUUAAUAGUGUGCAUGCUUCCUCUUCAAAUGCACAUUUGGGUCUUGUUCAGCAACUUGUAGCAUAAAAUACAUAAUUUUGCUUCUUUUUGUAUGUAAUAAACCUUCUUCUUGUAAGCUAUUGAAACAAGCAGGCUUAGAAACCCCUGGCUGAAAAAAUAAUCAAAUGCCUUUCUUUCGCAAUAUUCAUUUAGACUUUGGUGCAUAUUAUAAUGAUUUUAUUAUUAUAUAAUUUUAUAUUUAUGUUUGUGUUGUAUUAUUUUAAAUCAUCCC